CUCUGACAUCAGAGUGACAUCAUCAUCUCAGUGCUGUAGAACAUGUUGAAUAAGGUUACAGUUCAGUGAGUUGACAGGAGGUGUGAGUGUGUGAGUGUGAGUGUGUGUGUGUGUGUGUGUGUGUGUGAAGAUGUUUGCUCUGUGGUCAGUGAAUCUUCUCUUCCUCGUCUCUGCAGAAACCACAAACACACUGGAUCUGAUGUCGGGAAGCAGUGAGUCUGCACCGCUCCGUGUGGAAGUGUGUGUGAAGAGCUCCUGGAGUUUACAGGUGCGAUGGACCGAGCACCAAAAUAACACAAACUCAGCACAAACCUAUCAGGUCCAAAUUGGACAAAGUGAACAUCUUAAUAUCGUCGCUCAGACUAAUGUGAGCAAGGAAGCUGGAGUUCGGUUCGUGUCGUGGGUUUGGACCUCAGCGCUGCCGCUCCAGUGUGCCGAUCACUCCAUACGGAUCAGACGCGUUCCCGGAUCCGGGGAUCGUACGGAUUCCGGCUCAUGGACCGACUGGACGACUCAUUACGGUCAGCAGAACGUCAGCUCCAACAGGUCGAGGUUGUUCCCGACGCAGGAGGUUUUACGGGAAGGAUCGUCCGUCUUCUUCUGCUGCAUCCCUCCCGAUGGAGCUCGAGUUACUGCUCUCCGCUUCUCCAACACGCCGUACCCGCUCAUCAACAUCAGCCACCGUGUCAGAGCCAUCAGAGUGCUCGGACUCAACGUCACUAAGAUUGGCGUGAACCUCAUCUGCCGGGACGACUCGGGGAACAAGCGAGCGGUGUUAAACUACGUCACCUUUCCUCCCGAGAAGCCGAAGAACCUGAGCUGUGAGACGAGGAACCUGAAGAACAUCGUGUGUUCAUGGACACCGGGCAGAGAACCCAACCUGAGCAGUGUCCGAAGACGCCGAUACACACUCCACAUCCUGAACUCGGAUGGAGUGAUGUUCCCGUGUGAUAAGAGAUCUUCCUCCUGUGAGUUCCCUGUUCUUCCAGACCUGAUCUUCUACAACAUCUCUGUGGUGGUGAAGAACAGCCUGGGGGAGGAGAGAGAGAGCUACGCCUUCAAUAUCACACACAGAGUGUUUCCUGUGCUCGAGGACAUGGUGGUGAUUCCGGCUGCACUGGACGCUGAAGUUUAUUGGACAUUAGAUGGGAAUUUUACAGGCCUGCAGUUAACGUGUCAGAUCACCAUGGAGCCGAAAAACACAACCACAGAGCUGCAGUGUAUAGGCGAGGAGUGUAUGAGGAAUCUCAGUGUGUGUGUGCAGCAGUUGCAGCCGAGCUCUCAGUACUCCACCAGGGGGCGCUGUGCAGUGCAGCACAACAGCUGGAGCUCAUGGAGCACAACACACACCUUCAGCACUGAGCCGCUGGUGACGCUGGAUGUCUGGAGGAGGAUGGAGGAGGAGAACCAUCGCAGUGGCAGGAUCAGGGUUCUGUGGAGAACCGUACGCUCACAGUUCUCCUGUCUAUCACACUCAUACAACACGCUACAUUACAGCACUUCUGUAGUGUUACAGUGGAGCUAGCAGGCUAACGUAGCUAACAGUCCUGGUUUAGCCUCCAGUUUAGCAUGGUGUGCUAAAUGCUAAAUCUCCUCAGUGGGCUUUGUGGAGGUGUUCAGUGUCUCACACACACUCACUGAUCAGUUUCUGAUUUACAUCUGAUCUCUGUAAACAUACACCAAAGCACAGAGUCACUCAGACCCAACUGCAUUCUGGGAGAAUGUGUGGGAGUCUGGGAGAGCUCUGUUGCUAGGCAACUGGGAACUACAGAGGCAGAGAGAAAGCUAGCUAAUGACUGAGGCUAAUGAUUUAGCUAGCUAGCAUGUAGUUAUGAAGUGUUUAAUACAGACCGUGUGACGGGGAAAUGAGACAGAAUUAUCCACAACGUCAACAUUUACCUCAGAUGUGUUGGGGAAUUACUAAAACAAGACAGAAGUGCCACAAUUACACUUAGCAUCAACUGCUAACACAGCUAACAGUGCUAACACAGCUAACAGUUCUAACAGGGCUAACACAGCUAACAGUGCUAACACAGCUAACAGUGCUAACACAGCUAACAGGCUAACACAGCUAACAAUGCUAACAUGGGUUUGGCCAUACUGAGGAAGAGGAACUAGAGGAA